UGCAGUGGGGGACACAGGCCCCAUCGAUUCAACACAACUGCAUACAUAAGCACUUACUAAUAAUAAAGCUGUGUUUGUAUGUCAUUUUCAUGGAGUACUACCGUUAACACAUAUGGAGUGUCAAGAGGAAAAGCCGAUCAUCUAUACUAUGGAAAACAAGCCGAUUGUGACAUGUGCUGGAGACCAGGCCUUGUUUACGUUGCUCUACACCUCAUUGGCCCAGCAACUUCCCCGGGAGCCAAUGGAGUGGAGGAGGACAUAUGGCCGCGCACCGAAAAUGAUCCACCUUGAGGCUAAUUUUGUCCAGUUUAAAGAGGAGCUGCUCCCCAAGGAUGGAAACAAGGCCCUCCUCACGUUCCCCUUCCUCCACAUCUAUUGGACUGACUGCUGUGACACAGAGGCUUAUAAGACCUCGGUGAAAGAGGACAUGUCGCGGUGGCAGAACAGCCUUCGGGUCCACGGAUCAGCUGACUGGGUCAUUAUCGUCGUAGAGACCAAUGAUACUAAGAAGAAGAACAAGACCAACAUCUUACCACGGUCGUCCAUCGUGGACAAAAUUCGCAGUGAUUUUUGCAACAAACAGAAUGACAGGUGUGUGGUGCUGUCAGAUCCUCUGAAGGACUCGUCUCGCUCUCAGGAAUCCUGGAAUUCUUUGUUGCUCAAGCUCCGAACUCUGCUCCUCAUGUCCUUCACCAAAAACCUGGGGCGCUUCGAAGACGACAUGCGCACACUCCGAGAGAAACGCACGCAACCUGGCUGGAGCUUCUGUGAAUACUUUAUGGUCCAGGAGGAGCUGGCUUUUGUUUUUGAGAUGCUGCAGCAGUUUGAAGACGCCUUGGUGCAGUAUGAUGAACUAGACGCUCUUUUCACUCAGUAUGUCCUGAACUUUGGAGCUGGAGAUACAGCUAACUGGUUGGGCUCGUUCUGCGCCCCUGUGCGCUGCUGGAACGGCCUGUUGCUACGACGACCCAUCGACAUGGAGAAACGGGACGGGAUCCAGCGCGGGGAGGCCAGUCUGCUAGACCUGAGGAGCUACCUGUUUUCUCGACAGUGCACCUUACUCAUCUUCCUCCAGAGGCCCUGGGAGGUCACCCAGAGAGCCCUGGAGCUGCUCCACAACUGUGUCCAGGAGCUGCGACUACUGGAGGUGUCGGUCCUGGAAGGGGCUCUGGACUGCUGGGUUUUCCUCAGCUGCUUGGAGGUUCUGCACAGGAUCGAGGGCUGCUGUGAUCAGGCUCAGUUAGCUGCCAACUGUUCUCACACUGUGGGCCUGUGGGCCUAUGCUACUGACAAGCUGAAGUCUCUGGGGGAACUCUGUGGCCUGGUGUCAGACAAGGGCCCAACGUCUGAGGACCUGAACAGGACGGUCGAUCUGCUGGCUGGACUAGGGGAUGAGAGGCCUGAGACUGUCAACAGUUUGCAAAGCCCUUACAAAAAGUUGAAAGAAGCUUUGUCAUCUGUGGAAGCAUUUGAAAGGCACUACCUUGAACUAUCUCAUGCUGCUAUGGAGAUGUACAGGGCCAUCAGCCGGAUGAGGUCUGCCAGACUGGUGGGGAAAAGCCUGGCUGAGUUCUACAUGAGGAAGGGCGACCCUGAGCGAGCAGAGGCCUUCUUACAGGAAGCUCUGAAGUCGUACGUAUCGGAGGGCUGGAGCCUCCCCGUCACACACACCAGGAAACAGAUCGCAGAGUGUCAGAAACUGCUGGGCCGAACUGAAGACUACUUACAGACUAGUGCCUUGUUGGCCGGUGAUGUGAAUCUGACCACAGAGGAGAGAAAGCACUUUUGUCAGGAAAUUCUGACCUUUGCCAGCAAGUCUGGAGAUCAGUCUCAGAAAGUCUCUCUGAGUAUGGGAGUUUUUGCUCAGCUCACGCGUCUCCAGUUCUGUCCAGCGACGGCCUCUGUCCAUUCCGGAGCCGUCCUGAAGGUGGAGCUCACCCUGCGCUGUCUAAUGCCCGUGUCAGUGCGCAUACAGCAGCUAGCCGCCAGCAUUCACUUCGACCUGGAGCACGGAGGGACUCAUGGGAGGUUGAAGGGAGCUCAGAGGCAAACGAACCCAGGGACAGUAGACUUUAUCCACAGCAGCUCCUCAGCGGGGCCACCAUCCUCAGCUGGGGGUCCGUCUUUAGAGCUUGACGAGAUUCAGGACAGGAGUCCCUCGGACAAUUCUCUCAACUCUACGGGAGUUGUGUGUAAAAACACUCACCUGAUCAUGCGUCGCCAUGACAGCAGCUCGCCGUCGGACACGCCCAACUGCGUCAGUCCUCUGGCUGUUACAAUGAAGGAAGAAGCACAGAUGCUUAAAGUGCAGGAUGUCAUGUUAGAGCCUGGAAAUAACAGCAUCGUAUUCACAGCACCUAGCGGCCAACCGGGUACUUACACGUUGCGUCAGCUGUGUGCCACCGUGGGUCAGGUGCAGUUUGUGCUUCCUCACAUCUACCCAUCGGUCCAGUACGAAGUCUAUUCUCAGGAGCCGCAGCUCACUGUGGAGCCUCUCUCAGAGCCGCUUUUGGCCGGACUGCCUCAGAUGGUCAAGUUCACUCUGCUGACGGGUCACUACACUGUGAAGAAAGGUGACGCUCUGCAGCUCAGCAACACCGACUCCAUGCCCAUCCUCCCCUCCGCCAGCUGCUCGGCUCGCAUCAGCAACACCGCCGCGGAACUGGUGGGUGAAAGCGUCCUGUCCAUCCAGUCCUCGGAGAAGGUGACGAGCAUCAGCCUUCCCUCCACCCCUCCCUACCACACACUGGAGUUCCAACUGGAGGUGCUGUGCAUCAUCCCGUCCGGUUCCGAGCGGCCUGCAAACGAGAGACUCACAAACGGGGAGGUCCGCCACCGGCCGCGCAGCUACAGUCACCCCGACACCCCAAUGACCGCCAUCGACCAGCGGAUGUCUAUCGAUUGUCCUUGGUCGAUCUAUUCCACGCUGCUCGCCCUUACUUUCUACAUCCCCUUCAAAACCAAACACUCGCUACUUUCUGCUGGUAACAGGAAGUACAUCCAGGUGUGUGUGCAGAAUGUGUCCGAUGUGAACUUCACGCUGGCAGAAGUGAAGCUGACAGAGAAGCAGCACGCCUCACUGGAGCUGCAGUCACUCAACACUAAAACACAACAGCUUUUGUGCAGUAAGCACAGCGUGUUCUGCCUGUGGGAGGUGAGGUGGAAGGAUGACCUGCCCUCCUGUCUGCAGUGCGUCUUCUCUGCAAACUUCUCGCCGUUCAACCAAGACGUGUCCGCCUUCAAGCCCUUCCACUACCAGUUUCAGCUGGAGAGAGUCACUACUUUGUACAGCGUGCGAGCGGAGAUCCUACCUCCACCAGGUGAACAAUACUGUCGCUCCGGGUUCCUGUGUGGACUGGAGGUGUGUAUCACUCGACUGACUGAACCUGCCGAGGGGGAGACGGGAGAGGACAGUAAGACGGACACAGAUGGCCUCAGAACCACCAAACUCAUGUAUGAAGUGGCUGACAGCAGCAGUAACUGGGCCGUGUGUGGGAAGAGUUCAGGGAUGGUGUCCAUGCCGAUGACGUCCAACGCCACCCACAAGGUGCAGAUCGAGGUGAUGCCGCUGUUCGCUGGACACCUGCCCUUCCCCAAGAUCAAAGUGCUCAAGUACCUGCCUCACACCGCACCUGUGGCCAUCCAGUCUGACCCCGACAGCUGCGUGGAGGACACUCUGUCCCUGCUGGACAAGCCGCUGGACGACCAGGGGGACACGGCGAGCAUCCGUAGCCGAGGCAGCGUUCACUCCGUCGGCAGCAACGAGCAGCAGCAGCAGAAGGGCGUGGCCAUGCCGCGGCUGGAGCCCUUCAGCCCCGGGCAGGUGUUCAACCACAGCCACGCACGACAGGUCCUGGUGCUGCCCGCCACCGACGACCACAUCAUGGAGGUGAAUGCCACAUGACCCUGGUGGCAACACCACCCGCCCCCUUCUCAUAGGACUGAACCCAGACCCUGGAUGGACUCCGCUGAGCUUUUGGUCCAGGGCAGAACGGGUCCAUGAGUCCAUGUCGUAGACCGCCCACAGGUCGCUGGUAUGGACUCAGCCCUAAGCAUGAAAUGUUCACAUCAUUGGACUGGACACACUGAAGAGCCAAUGACAUCUGCUGAUAUAUUUAAAUAAAGAUUUUUCUUUGCCAUACUUUGUACAUAGCUCAUUGGAUGGAUUUGUAGUUAUAAAUAUAUAAAUAUAUAUAUGGACUGAUCGAUCUGAUCAACACUCCUCUGAUUGUCCCAUGAUGCACCAAAGCCCUGGAUGUGUGUUUGCUUCGAUCAGUACUGUACCUUUGAGUGUGUCUGGCUCAUAUGUGGUCAUGGGUUUUACAUCUGAGCCACUGAAUCAACAUUCAAGUCAUAGACAAACAUUCAGAAUCCUCAUCAACUCUGUUAUAUCUGACGUACUGAAAAUAUUCCCUCCAGUGCAUAAAGGUGAUCCCUAAUGCUGGGCUCUGAUGGGGGACUCUGUGGUCCCAGACUCGCACCAGCAUACCCAACAUGUGCAAAAUACUAGAAAACGACUAACGUGGCUGUGACGCAUCCUGAGAAAUGAACUAAAAUGUGACUUCCCUUCACAGUGGAGGGAGUUUUUCAGUACCCACAGGAAUAUUAGAACAUCAUCAUAUUAUUGUGUCCAGUUUAAUAACCUUUUACAGCAUCUUAAAUUCUGUUAUCUCAGCUAUAAACCAAACUCCAGACACAUAAAAUGAAAAGCAUAUUUAAAGGUGCAAUAUGUAACAUUCCUAAACGCUAUGUGAAGUUUGUGUUGGAGUCCGUUUUUCUAAGCUAGUCUUUGCUAGUAUCAUAUACCGUGGAGUGAACGCAAGUCAAGUAUCCUCCAUAUAUAAAUCAUUGAACAGGCUGUUAUCAUAUUAUCAUGGAUGUAGGCAAAUGACACAGAUGUUAGCUUAGAAGUGGAUUUAGCUUCAGUAACUGACCGCUCGCUAGCAGAAUGUAUUUGGGGAGGUGCUAAUUUUUUAAGCUAAGUUACAUCUUGUCUGAAAUGGCAAAGUGAUUAAAGGUUCUAUCAAGUUUGCUUUUGUGUUUAUGGGACAUUUUGUGCUGAGAGUCUGUUUCUUGUUAGCUGACAUCUCUAAAAUAAGGACUAGAUCCAUCAUAACAGCCUGUUCACUGAUUUCUGUCUCGAAGACUUGCCCUUUUUUCCUUCAAAUGUCAUGCUAGCUCCUGUCCUCUGGCUACCGUUAGCUUAGAAAUACAAUUAUAUUGACCCAUGAAGACAACUGAAUUUUACAUACUGAUUCUUAAACACAUGUAACAUAUUGCACAUAAAACCUGUCAUGAUCUGAAAAAAUUAAAAUAACUGUUCGCUGAGUCAGUUACAAUUAUCAGAGUUGUUAACAUUGCAAUUUUCUUGUUAGACUUGGCAACUCUGUAGAGCACUUUAGCGAGGGUUUAGCGCUUUCUUUGGCAGAUUUCAGCGCCGUUCCCUUAAAGGAAGUAAUAAAUAUUUCUUGGUGAAUUAUUAUUGUUAUCAUUUUGUUUUGGAUUUUUUGACAAUACAGAAUAAAAGUGGUGCCAUGAAAAUGUAAAUUAGCAUUGUUUAGCAAGUUUUUAAGCAGGCUUUAGCUCCUAGCUGUUUUCUGGACAGAGAGGGCAGAAAACAAAAGAUAUAUAUCAGAUAAAGUCACUGUAGCUCUUAUGUAAUUAUGAUCCUGAUAAGUUGUGAAAAACACCAAAAACGCACAGCUGUAAAUUGUAUUUGUAAAUAUUCUGACAUCACUUUGACUUGCUUUUGACCGUAGGGAUUCUGUAGGAAAACAAACCCUCUAAAAUUACUGCAAAUGUUCAGUUUUCUCUCAUUUUUUUUCACUUGAUUGUAAAAGUCUGAGAUGUAAAAGCAGUGACCACAUGAGUCGGGCUCUAGUGUGUAGUUCUGUGUAUGUGUGAGAGUUGUCGUGUCUGUGUGUGUGUUUGGUCAGGUGAGACAUUUCUAUACGGAUCAGCACCAGUGCACAUUGUCUAUCUAUUGUCUUACCUAUCAGUGAAUUGUUCAUAUACCGCGUGUGUAUAUUUAUUCUGUGUGUGUGUCUGUGUGUGUGGGGUGUGUGUGCGUCGACAAAUCCGUCUCCGAGCUAUGCACAUGUACCGUCUGAAAGGCUGAAUGUCAGCUCACUCUGCCCCCUCCCCCCUUUUCCCUGCCCCCCCACCCCAACACACACACUGUAACUACAGCCUCCUGCUCUUCUUCGACCACUGUACAUACUGAUCUGUAAAUAAUGAUUCAAAUCCAAAUCAUCUUUGAUUGCCAACUAUAUUAAAAAAAAAUCAUUGGAACUGA